AUGUGGGAACUUUCCUGUUCUCGUCAAGGAGGCGUUUUGGACGCCGCUGUACAAGUGGAUGAUACAAGCAUGAUUGAACAUAUACAUUCGCUACAACAAGAGCUUAUCGAGAGUCAUAAUCGCCAAGCGGAUCACGAGAAUACCAUACGAGAAUGCAAGAUUCGUAUCUCUGAGCUAGAAGCAGCAAACAAGCGACUUCGUGAGCAUGAACCAUUCGAAGGUGUUGCUGGACUUCAAGAAGAGCUGAUCUCUGUAAAAAUGCGUGAAGCAGAAAGCAAUCUUGCUGUGAAGGAGAUGCGUCAACGGUUACAGAAAUACGUUCACAUGAGAACCUUUGAACCAAACGUCGCAACCGCUGAAAACGACACAACUUCCAGUGAAUCGAAUAACUCGACAUCGCUCAGCGUUAACUCAGCGCGCGCAAGACUUGCAAAAAUCACGGCAUCGUUCAUUGGAGGAUCAUCCGAAGGUGACGAUGGAUGUGUCACAAUUAGGGAACUUGAAGAUCAGCUCAUGGGUGUUCGGAUAAAAGAAGUAGACAAUUUAGCCGAGCUGAAGGAGAUGCGCCAAAAGGUUAUGGAACUAGAAACGCAAAACCAUGUCUGCACUAAUCAACUUCGAAGACAGGAUGAAGAAAUAAAGCGGAUUCGUGAGGAAAUUGAGGCAGUGCAGAAGAUAAGACGUGAACUAGAAGCAUCGCUCCGACUAGAACGUCAACGUUGUGCCCAACGCGAAUCUGAGCUCAACGAGCAGUGUAUUAUGGAACGAUUAAAGUAUUCGGAAGCGAUGCAAUCUAUACAAGAUCUCCGACAAAUGAUAACUCAGCUAGAGCUCAAAAAAGCAGAAGGAUGGACCCAAAACCAGCUCAGAGGCACUUCUGUAUGCGAAGUUGACGACGAUUCUACGUCACAUUUGUCAGUUGGGUCAAACGGUGAUGUAUUUUCACUGGGCUCAGAAGAUAUGAACGCCCUUGUAGCGGAUAUGACUGUCAAGGUACCGGUAUUGGACGAGCUUUUAGAGGAGGGAUCGAACACAGAAACCGAGGACCGUCGACCAAAGGUAGAACUGCCACGUGAAAUUUGA